AUGUCACAGAAAUACGCUAAUCUAGGAGAUGACACAUUUGAUGCUGAAUCUAAUCAGGUCAAUACUGAAGAGGGUAAAAUGGAGGAAUCACUUGAUAUGGGAAUAAGUAGUAUGAAUUCUGAGCAACUCACUGAUAUCAUCUAAAAUGCAAAGAGGCACGAUAACUAAAUGGAGGACAUGGGCCCACCUUAGAAAAUGGAACAAAAAGACCCUAAUGCUUAGAGACUCUCUAAAAUCGAGAAUAAUCCUUACACUUAGAGCAUAACAAUGAAGCAGGAUACGAUAAGUGAAGAACAUCUAUAGCAUUUACAAAGAGAGGAUAGAUCUGUAAAUGUGUAUAAUGAUUGGUGCUAAACUGAUGAUUCAAUACACUAAGUUAUCAAAAGGCUGACUCACAGAGGAGUAAUUAAGUACAGUUUUUAAUUAUGGCUAGAAACUACUACGACUUUCAUGUCUAUAACUAUUUCAAAUAUGUUGAGAAUGCCAUAAGAUCUUGGCUCUACAGAGAUUUAUGCUAAUUUCAUUAAUGGUAGCUUCAAGAUAACAAGCGAGCAGCUAUUCUAAAUAUAUUAACUAAAGAUAUUGAUGCUUUUGUCAGUGUUUGGAUUAAUUAUACUUUUCUGCUAUUUGAUUAUGAUGAUUCUCUUGGCAAUCUAAUAUUUUUCUAAUAAAAAACUUUCAUAACUUCAGUACGAUCUAUAGAAAUAAUCAGAUAACCGCAUUCAGUACUUAUCUCAAGUACUGAAUGGCAUCAAGUGGAUCAAGUUAAAUCUUUUGGAAAAAGUAUUUAUUCAAAAGAUUAACAAAACAAGAGAAUAAGAAUUAAGAGUGUACUCUAGCUAUAUAAAUCUUAAAAAUUUAUGCUCAUCAAUUUAUCAAAAUGCUGGAGUAAUCAUUAGCUCUUUGAUAUUUUUACUCGCUGAUAAGUAGACCUUAGAAUUAGGAAAGGUCUUCUCCACUUUGGCAUUAGUAGGGUAUAUAUUCAACUUUAGUGUUCUCUACUCUAAUUAUGCUAUUGAAGCUAUCUAUUCAUUAAAAGUUUUUGAUAAGAGGAUAACUGAUGUAAUAGAAAGUUCGUUUCAUAAGCAAAAGCUCAAUACUACACUUGUUGAAGCCACAAUCAUUGAUGAUGAUUACGAUCCUGCUUUUUAAUCUAACAGAAUUAUGAAGAAGAUGGCUAAAGAUUAGUAAGAUAGGAAGAAUGCUAAGCCAUAUAUCAAAAUGGAGGGUAUUUACUCUCAGUGGAAUGUUUAAGAGGACAGAGACACAGGUGAAGAUAUAGAUAAUGAAAUUUAAAUAGAUCAUAACACUCAGAGUCAAUAUGACAGUGUAAUUAAAGAAGUCUCAUUUGAAUUCAACAAUAAUGAGAAAAUAGCUGUAAUAGGUCGAGUUGGCAGUGGUAAAACCUCAUUGUUCUUAACCAUAUUGAAAGAACUCUGCAUUUCAAAAGGAAAAUUAACUCUUAAUUCUCAUGACGUUGCUUACGCAGAGUAAAAUCCAUUGAUAAUAUCAGGAACAGUUAGAGCAAAUAUUUUAUUUGGGUUACCAUACAAUUAAAAGUGGUAUAAAUAAGUGAUAAACGCUUGUUGUCUUCAAGAAGAUUUCUAAAGAUUAAGCAAAGGGGAUAUGACAAAGCUUGGUGAAAUGGGAACCCAGAUAUCAGGGGGGUAAAGAGGAAGAAUAAGUCUUGCUCGAGCCCUUUAUAAAUAGGAUUCUAAGGUUGUUCUAAUAGACGGCAGUCUAAGUGCACUUGAUUCUAGAGUUGCUAGACAUAUUAUGGAUAAUGUAAUAAAAGGCCUCUGCAAAGAUAAAAUUGUUUUCUUGAUUACUUAUGAUUUGGAUUAGGCAUCAGAGCUUGAUUAUGUUAUGCUAAUGGAAGAUGGUCAAAUGAAGAAAUUAAAACGGAGCUCUGAAUUCUUUGAUCAACUUGAAGAAGAUAAUAAUUUCUUAUAGAGACUUAAAAAUGAUAUUAUGAGAUAAGCAAGUAUCGAUACAGAUGAUUAGACAGUUGAUUCAGAUAAAAAAGAAUAAAUAAUUAAGGAUGAGAACAAGACAGCCCAGGUAAACUGGAAAACUUACAAGCAAUUUUUCAGUUAUACUCAGUGCUCUUAUUGCUCAAUGUUCAUUAUUAUAAUCAUCCUAUUCUUAAUAAACUUGAACAAUAUUGCUGUGAGUGGUUACCUUGCCUAUUCUUUAUCAAAUAAACUAAAUCAAGCUACUGCUGAGGAUUAAACGAAAUUCAAUAUUACUCUUAGCAUUUUAAUGGUCUCCUCAAUAUUCUUUUAAUUCUUUCUGCAAAUAAAUCAAAGGCUACAUGAUAAAAUGGUUGAAGGGGCACUCAACACAAAGAUAAAAUUCUUUGAAGUCAAUACAAAUGGAAGGAUUCUAAAUAGAUUCUCCAAAGAUGUUAAAGUCCUUGAUAUAAUUGUUUCAGUUCCAUGGGUCUUGAUCAUUGCAAUUAUAUCAAUGAUAUAUUUGACAAAAAUUAGAAGAGUUAAUCUUCACAUUUAAAGAGAUGGCUACAGAUUGAAAUCUGGCCUAAUGUCCCCCAUCAAUUCCUUGAUUUAGGACACAAUUAAUGGGUUAACAACUAUCAGAGCUUUUGGAAGAUGGGAAUAUUUCCUUCAUCAACUGUUCGACUUAAGUGACACUUAGACUGAGGCAUUUCUGACUUCUAAUGGAGUUAAUAGAUGGUGCGCUUAUAGAAUAGAUCUAUAGGGAUAUCUAAUUGCAACUGUUUUUGCAUUUUUUGCUAUUUUUCUCUCAAAUAUUCAAAGUACUAGAGAUUUGGCUUUGAUAGCAGUUGGAUUUUAAUUAGCUGUUGAAACCGCAAGACAUCUCAAUACUGCUGUAAGAUGGAGUGCUGCUUUGGAAAAUGAUAUGGUUUCUAUCCAGAGGUUAUUUGAAUAUGUUAACCUUAAAUCUGAACAAAAAAUGGCAUUCAAUGAUAAAGAUAACGAACUAUAAUGCGAGCAGAUUGAAUUUAGGAAUGUUAAAAUGAGAUAUUCAGCUAAACUGUAGCCAGCAUUAUAACAACUUAGCUUUUCAAUUGAAAAAGGCAUGAAAAUAGCAAUCAUUGGAAGAACUGGCUCUGGAAAGUCUUCUCUUCUUCAAUUGAUUCAAGGGUUUAGAUAACCAUUUAAAGGGCAAAUAUUUAUUGAUGGUCAAGAUAUUUCUUCAAUAGAUUUGUAAUAAUUGAGAAGAGCUCAAAACAACAUACUUUAGACUAAUUUUGUGAUAAAUAGUGGUUCGAUUUAAGAAAAUCUAGAUCCACAAAUAAAGCAUCCUAAUGAAAAGAUAAAGCAAGCUCUUGACAAAGCUUGCCUUGGUGAAUUUAAUCCUCAAUCCCCUUGUAAUACUCUUUCUGCGGGAUAGAUACAACUUCUGUCAUUAGCUCAUGCAUUUUUAAAUACUGAGAGCAAAUUGAUUUUAUUGGAUGAGCCGACCAGUUAGAUUGAUGGUCAGACAUAAAAGAAAGUAUUAACGAGUAUUUUUAAUUAGUUCAAAAAGUAAACAAUUUUGAUGAUUGCUCAUAGAUUGGAAACUGCUGUUGGAUUUUGUGAUAAAGUGAUGGUUCUAGAUCAGGGAUAGCUAGUUGAAUUUGAUCAUCCAUUUAGAUUAUUAGUUAAGAAAGGAGAGGAUGUUGAAAUUACGAACACAAAUGGUACCUUCGCUAAAAUGGUACUGUCACUAAAUUCCAAUCAAUAAGAUAAGAUUCUCAAAAGAGCAAGAAAGCGAUACAUGAAAUGA